GAAAUUUCUGAAAUUGUAGCGGGCCAAGACCAUUAUUCCAUCAAAAACACUUCGCAAAAGUUUGCAGGACUCAUGUAUUGUUUUGGCAGGAUUAGGUGUGCUAACCAUAACAUAUCAUACCACAACGAAUUCUAAAUGUUUUCUUUUCCAAAGCACCCAUGUGAGGGCCCUUGCCUGAUGGCCGCCCAUACCACUAUGUUCGGACCUGACCUCUCCCAUAAGUCAGUCUUCUUCAAAGAACAAAAUGACCUUCCUUCCUUAGGAGUCCAUGGCUAAGAGUGCAUUGCAAUUUGGAUGGUGUGUGUUUAACACCGCUGUUUCAAAGAUAACCGCAAUUCUGCAUCCGCUUCUCCUCGCGUCCAUUCAUCUGCUUCCGCACACUUGAUAGUGGCUGCAGCAUGUGUAUAUACCAAUAAUACCAUGGAUGCAUGCUCAGCCAGUAUUCUCCUCCUCACUUUGAUUCAUCUGCUUUCGAGCAUCUCAGCCCGUGAUUUCCUCUCGGCAGGCUCCUCCCUCUCAGUUGAGCAGAGCUCCGAUGUGCUCCACUCACGAGAUGGUACUUUCGCCUGCGGCUUCUACAACAUCUCUCCAAAUGCCUCCACCUUCUCCAUCUGGUUCUCCAGAUCAUCCGAAAGAACCAUCAUCUGGAGCGCAAAUCCUCUACACCCUGUGUACAGCUGGGGAUCCAAAGUCAAGUUAGAUGUCGAUGGGAGCAUGGUUCUGAAAGAUUACAAUGGCCAGAUUGUGUGGAGCAACAAUGUGAGCGCUUCGGAUGCUGGGCAUAUUCAAGCUCAGCUAUUGGGCAAUGGGAACCUCAUUGUGAAGGGCAAAGGUAGUGCCAUCCUGUGGCAAAGCUUUGAUUCUCCUACUGAUACCUUGCUACCCACUCAGAGCAUUAGUGCUCCUACAAAGCUGGUCUCUACUAACAGGUUACUUGUUCCUGGCCAUUACAGCUUCCAUUUUGACGAUCAGUACUUACUUUCUCUGUUUGAUGAUGAGAAGGACAUCUCCUUUAUCUAUUGGCCAAAUCCAAGUAGGAAUAUCUGGGAAAAGCUUAGAGUGCCAUUCAAUAGCACCACAUCUGGGGCUCUUGAUACCUGGGGACAUUUCCUUGGAAGUGACAACUCAACCUUCACAGCUGCUGAUUGGGGUCCUGGGAUCAUGAGGCGACUAACACUGGAUUAUGAUGGCAACCUCAGAUUAUACAGUCUCAAUAAGGCAGACGGAACAUGGUCCGUCACAUGGAUGGCAUUUCCUCAGCUCUGCAAAGUACGCGGUUUGUGCGGUGAAAAUGGAAUAUGCGUGUAUACGCCUGCACCUGCUUGUGUGUGUGCCCCUGGUUUUGUAGUCAUUGACCCAAGCGACCGGAGCAAAGGCUGCAGACCAAAGACCAACAUCAGUUGUGAUGCACAGAAGGUGAAAUUUGCUAAGCUACCCCACACUGAUUUCUUGGGGUAUGAUAUGACUACCCACCAUUUCGUUUCUCUUGACUUUUGCAUGAACAAAUGCUUGCAUGACUGCAAUUGUAAGGGUUUUGCCUACUGGGAAGGAACUGGAGAUUGCUAUCCAAAGUCUAUUAUGCUUGGUGGUGUAACCCUGCAUAACCUUGGUAGUACUGGUACCAUGUACAUCAAGAUUCCUAAGGGACUAGAAGUGUUGGAUGCCUCAAUUCCGCAGUCACAACCUUUUGCUCCUAAGUAUGGUCCUGACUGUAGCACACCAAAUAAAUACUUUGUAGCAGAUUUUCUGGGUAUGCUUAAGAGAGAUCAGAGUGAGUUGAAGUAUUUGUACUUCUAUGGAUUUUUAUCAGCAAUAUUUCUGGCAGAGCUUAUGUUUGUUGUAUUUGGAUGGUUUAUUCUGAGGAGGGAGCGCAGGGAACUGAGAGGAGUAUGGCCAGCUGAGGCUGGAUAUGAAAUGAUAACUAACCAUUUUCGCAGGUACACCUACAGAGAGUUGGUGUCAGCGACUAGAAAGUUCAAGGAUGAAAUUGGAAGGGGAUCAUCAGGCAUUGUAUACAAAGGAGUCCUGAAAGACAACAGGGCAGUAGCUGUGAAAAAGUUGGCAGAAAUAAACCAAGGUGAAGAAGAAUUCCAGCAUGAACUGAGUGUGAUUAGUAGGAUUUACCAUAUGAAUCUUGUGAGAGUUUGGGGUUUCUGUUCUGAUGGUCCACACAGGAUAUUGGUUACAGAAUAUUUUGAGAAUGGUUCAUUGGAUAAAGUCUUAUUUGGUACUGAGGGUUCAGAAAUUUUACUUGGAUGGAAGCAAAGAUUUAACAUUGCCCUAGGGGUGGCUAGAGGACUGGCAUAUCUUCACCACGAGUGUUCAGAGUGGGUCAUCCACUGUGAUGUGAAGCCCGAAAAUAUACUGCUGGAUGAGAACUUGGUGCCAAAGAUUGCUGACUUUGGCCUUGCAAAGCUCCAGAGCAGAGGUGGAUCCAACAUAAAUGUUUCAAAGAUCCAAGGAACUAGAGGUUAUUUAGCGCCUGAAUGGGUUUCUAGUCUCCCAAUUACAGCAAAGGUUGAUGUCUACAGCUUUGGAGUGGUGCUACUAGAACUACUCAAGGGAGUUCGUGCCUCUGACAUGGAAAAUAAUGAGGAUGAGGAAGUGGAGAUGGUCCUUGGAAGGAUAUCAAGGAUGGCCAAAGAAAAGCUGAAGUUGGAUGGCAGUGGCAGUGAACAAUCUUGGAUCGCCGACUUUAUUGACGCUAGACUAAAUGGUCAAUUCAACAAUAUCCAAGCAAGAACAAUGAUGAGACUGGCUGUUUCAUGCAUGGAGGAAGAUAGAGACAGAAGACCAACCAUGGAAAAUGUGGCCCAGAUGCUUGCUUUAGUAGAUGAUGUCAGUAGCACAAAUGUAAUGGCAGGACCUGCUUAAAGCCUGCAUAAAUAAGGUUGUUUGUACUAAGGGGAACAAAUAACAUAUAGAUGAGAGAAAAAAAAAUUAACUGUAACAUUUCUUCAAUAAUAUCCAUGCUAGAUUCUGUUGUAAUUUGUGCUCUAAAUCAGGAGAAAACGCCAUUGUUAUUGAUAUAUAAUGUUAUGAAGAUUUGUUCAA